AUGAAUAGUAUCGUUCGUCACCGGAUGAACAUUGUUGAGAUUAACAAUGUCGUUCGACACGAGAUGAACGGUGUUGUUCGACACGGGAUGAACAGUGUCAUUCAACAUGGGAUGAACACUGUCACUCGACACUUGGAUUUCUACGCUGUCAAUCGCUGCUUGGAGGGUGUCGACUGCCCUCAUAGACUUAUGGAUCACACGUCUCCAACUCUCAAUCGGGACAUAGUUUCUUUUACUUCUUACCACAAGAAAAAAAACAAUGCUUCAUUAUUAGGGUUCUUUAUCACUUUCUCUUCGAUCCUCUCGAUCUUCUUCCCGACGGUUCCAUGGAAUCCAGUUUCAGUCACCAACUACCUCUCUCUCGCCUCAGAGGCAUUUGGCUCUUGCUGUGAUUCACUCUGCUCUCUCUAUCACCAUCUGAACCUCCAGGGCCACCAGAACCGCCGGAUAUGUCAUCUCCUUUACGCUUCCCCUCCUCCCAUCUGUUUCGUACACCUUGUAGUUUUGGAUCUCAACCCAUGUGUUGUCGACUCUGUUCCAACUCCGAAGGUGGCUCCUAACCUGACUUGUUUACUCCGUGUCUCUCAGUCGGUGGCUCCUCCUUCUCCGACGAAUUCCCUAGUCUCGUGUAGUCGCAGAGACUGUACUGAUCAAUUGGUUGAGAAAGCUAGGAAGAUGUGUACCGAAUCCUCAAUGAAAGAUGCUUUCUCUACUUACUCUGAUUAUCUCAACAACUUCAAUCUAUCAAUCAUCAUGUGGAGAUUUUCUCUAGCCAUCUCUUACUUUCUUUUCAUCUCAAUGAUUGUUAGAGCCACCGAUUGUCCAGUACUGCGCUAUGUCUGGUCUCCCAAAAGCUUACUGUGUGCUUCAUUGGUUCUUGAUUGCCAGAUGUUUGAUUACAGUGUCUUGAUCGAGUUAUUUAAUCUUAUUAAAGAUGAUUUUGAAUCUUGAUCUGAUUUGUUAUGUGGUUGGUUCCAGAUGACAACGAAGAGUAUGAAGCAAAGGUCCAAGGAAUUGAUAUAUCGCCUUAUCCUACAGUUAGAGGCGAACCAGCCACUUUCAGCAUUUCUGCUAACAAAGACAAUGUGAUUUCAAGAGGAAAGCUGGUAAUCGAAGUUUCAUACUUUGGAUGGCAUAUUCAUUGAGAGACGCAUGAUCUUUAUACUGUUCUUGGAUAAGUUAUGCUAUAGAAAAUUAUGUAUUUUUUUGGAUAGGUUAUGCUAUAAAAAUCCACAUGUAUUAUAGUAGAAUCAUCAAAUUCUAUUGAAAUACAUUCAAACUUUAAUUAUAAUACUUGAUUCGAAUUCCAUAAA